CAGGUGGCGCACCUCGAGCAGCUGCCGCGGGGCGGAAGUGGCCUUUUUUGUCGGCGACCCAUCUCACCGGAGGAAAGCCGCAAACGUCAAAUUGCGUCACGUGCGCCGAACGAACCGGCCUCGACGUCAGAACAGGAAGCCCAACAUGUUGUGGGACUCCUUCUGGUAGGCGUGUAUCAGUCUGUUCCUCGUGAGUGUGCGAUGAGGAUUCAUCAGAGAAGGGAGUACGUCAUGCCUGUGCGAGAUCAGUGGGAAAUUAUGGAGACAUAUCAGGACCUCCGUCCAGAUUCCUGGUUCCAGACCCAGGGACCAGGCGAGUUUCAACAUCGAGGGCUUUGCAAGACCCUGCCCGAUCAGUGGACUCCUUCGGGUCACUGGACGGAGCUGGGAAAGAAGACGACGUCUUUCGGGACGUCCGCACUUCAAGAGCCACAGCUCUUGCCCCGUGACCCACGGCAAUGGACUCGAGAUGAUGUAGCCUUGUGGCUGUUGCACGUUACAUCACAGCACAAACUUCCAGCUGUGUCCUCCGACCGCUUUCUCAUGAACGGCAAAGCCCUUUGCCUUAUGUCCAUGGACAUGUUCGUCCAGAGAGUACCGCUGGGAGGAAAGCUCCUCUACAAGGACUUCCAACUAAGGCUUAGUAGUGCACUCUACAGCUGAACGAACUUUUCCAACAUGUACAGAGUUGCCUUCUACCGAUACUCGAACAACAUACCGUCCUUGUGUUCAUGUUUGGGACGUUGCGUGUAUGGCAUCAAUAGCGAUGACCCAUAGAAGGUCUUCAAGAGUUCCAUAGCCUGCUAGUCGACAGUGAUAUGUGUCCCACGUGAACUCGUGCCGCGGAAUCCAACCGCCACAUCCAAGAAGUCUUCGCCUUUCGUGGACAAGAAGUUCAUGAUUAUUUAUUGUUUUGUGCACCAUGAGAUGGAUAGUGGGACUACGGAUUCAGUGAUAUAUACUCUGCAAGUUCGUUUGGAUUAGCAUUCGAAAUUACUUGUCAUGUACCAGCGGGAAGUACCCAAGGUGUGACAUUGAGUGCGAGAUUAUCUAGUUCAUAUAUAAUAUGGUAGUAUGUGUUCACAUUUUAUUUAUUUGUAAACAAUUUUCUAUGCCGGAGUUCUCAAACUUUAUGGGUUCAAGGGACCUGUAUACAUUGUUGGUAUGGCGAGGAACCCCCCGCCCCUUUGCACACCUGCGACAUGCCCAUAAACGACAACAUGAUAAAAAUUGCUUCAUGAAACAGUAGACAAAAUGGACGCUUUCUGCAUACAUUGAUAAAACUAUUUGCUAAAGCCUCACUGCGUACCAGAACAUUGUGGGUCCUUUUGAUGAAGCACGAGUCCAUAAUGUACUAUUCGCACUAUAAACGGUAAAACCCGCGUAUAACGACACAUCAUGUGAUGGUGAUGAGGUAAAGAAAAAAAAAUCAUGCGAUACACGCACACAUAUCUGACACAUCAUGUUCCGAUUUGCCUCGUACAAAGAGUGUUUUUACUUUUUGAACGAUGUGUUCGAUACCGAAGAGAUUACUGAUAACGUACUUGCACGGGGGGAGGGGGGGGGGUCACCGUGAAUGCUACGGAACCCAUCUGGAGACAUCGCGGAACCGAGUACGGGAACCUUUGUUCUACGCCCCGACCGUAUGUGCCACCUCAGAGUCACUGUAAAGUGCAUACAGCAGAAUUGCAUUGCACCCUUGACGCGUCCCCACAACCAAAUAAGUCAAAUUAAAAACUGUCACACGCCCGCGGACGUGCAUUGGACUACACUUCGCGAAACGUGAUAUGUAGCUAAUCAGUAGUAACAUUUUGACUGGUGUUUGCUGUUGCGCAAAAGAAAAUGAUGUUGUAUGAUUAUGUCCGUGCUGCAGACUUCGAGACAAUAGCGACGUCUGCUUUAAAUGCCAUGUUAUUAUUUUCGAAACACUGUACAUCAAUAAAUUAUUAUUGAAA